AUGAUGCUAUCUGUAACCAUCUCAUUCUCUGCUGCCCUCAUCUUUUGCAUUCAGUCUUUCUGUAGCAUCAGUGUCUUUUCCAGUGAGUCAGCUCUUAACAUCAGGUGGCCAAAAUAUUGGAGCUUCAUCAUCAGUCCUUCUGGUGCAUAUUCAGGGUUGAUUUCCUUUAGAAUGGACUGGUUUGAUCUCUCAGUCCAAGGGACUCUCAAGAGUCUUCUCCAGCACCACAAUUCAAAAGCAUCAAUUCUUGGGUGUUCGGCUUUCUUUAUGGUCCAGCUCUCACAUCUGUAUAUGACUCCUGGAAAAACAAUAGCUUUGACUAUACAGACCUUUGUCAGCAAAGUGAUGUCUUUACUUUUUAAUACUGUCUAG